GAGCAACCCGGAGACGUACACAAAUACAGAGAAAACUUCGAUGCAAAUAGACCUUGUGACAAGGUCUUCAAGCACAAUGCGCGAAUUGUUGUUGUUCGUGGGUAUCAGUAUUCUGCGCCCGUCCCUUGGGGUAGAGCCCGACCCGUAUAGCGUCGAUGUCAUAUCAGCCUUCAAUCAAACCAUCUGUCCCCUUGAGCCGAUAGAGAACGGGCAUUACCUGGACAUAUCGGGCACCAAGGGGGGCAUAGCCGUACAGGUGGUCUGCUCUCUGGGUUACAAGCGAGUGGGGAACGGUUUUCACAUGUGUAACGUCACUACCGGUAACUUCUCGAAUGGACGGUCCUACUGUCAAGGCUGUCCCGUGGAACGCCUCGAGAACGGACAUUACCUGGACGUAUCGGACGACAAGGUUGGCGUGGCCAUACAAGUGGUCUGCUCUUCAGGCUACAAACUAGAGGGGAUUGGCUACCACGUGUGUGACGUCACCACCGGCAACUUCACCAACGGGCGGUCCUAUUGUCAAGAUAUAGACGAAUGUCAGGGGAACGUGACACGUCAUCAGUGUAACAUCAACGCCGCGUGCAUCAACCUGCCUGGCAAGCACCUGUGCAAGUGCAAACUCGGUUACGCGGGAAACGGUAUAAACUGCAGACGUGUUGAAGACUGCUCGCCUCUGCCAAAUCCCGAGAACGGACGAGUCAUCUUAACAAACAGAGUCGCCCGGUAUGAGUGUUAUCCAGGUUUUCAUCGUUAUGGUCCCGGAAUCAGGCUGUGUCGUAGGGGAAAAUGGAGCAGAGUUGCACCAAAGUGUGUAGAAGCCAGACCCAACAGCUGCCGUACGCCACGCGCUCCGCUUCACGGGACUGUGGCUGGGGCAAAUUUUGAGAAAGGACAGAUGAUCCGCUAUUUCUGUGACAAGGGCUAUGUACUGGAGGGACCGGAAACACGAAACUGCUCCGAAAGUCUGCGGUGGACCGGCAUCCGGCCUGUUUGUGUUCAGGAAGCUUCCAGGUCCGUCACAGAAAUUGCCGAGACACUCAAAGACAAAAUUUCGGACAUCAGCGCUGGUUCGUCUACAGGUCGAUUGCACACUGGCGGGGCCAGUGGGGCGGAUAUUGUGUUCAUGAUUGACAGGUCAUCAAGUAUAAAACCUUCGAACCUGAACCGUGUGAAGGAUUUCAUGAUGAUGGUGAUCGCUGAGCUAGGGGUAGAUAACGCCAAUCCUGAGGGUAAUGGGACGAGAAUCGCCGUGUUAACGUUUGGAAACAAACCGGAAAUGUUGUUUAAUCUAGACAACAAGACCAUAAAUUCAGAGGUCAAGGUCAGACAAAUGUUAGAUUCCAUCAAGCCAUAUGGUGGAGAAACGGCACUUCGAGACGCCAUAGAGAAGGUCUACACGGAGAGCGCGCAAAUCGCAAGGCCCAAGGCUCAGAAAGCGCUCUUCAUUUUCGCCGAUGGUCAGUCAAACAGUAAAACCACAUCGGACACCAAGUUCUUUCUGCGCAUGCUGAAGGAUAAGAAUUCUGGGUUUGAAGUGUUUGUGAUCGGAGUAGGAGCCAGGAUUAUGGUCAAAGACUUGCUCCAGUACGCCAGCAAACCAAGUCGCAAGUACUUCUUCAAUCUGGAGAACUUUGAAGACCUAACCAGGCCUGACCCAUCGAGUUGUAUUGGACAAAAACAACCCAUCAUGUGGUACAGCCGGGCGGGUCGAAUCCACAGAAACGGGGACAAACACCGAAGCAAAGCCGGGCUCCUGGCCGUGGAUGGCUCUAGUCUAUGACGACAAUGACGGUGAGGGGUUGAAUAUGUGCGGAGGUACACUGAUAUGCCGGAACUGGGUGCUCACUUUAGCAAGAUGUGUUCAAGGAAAUCAGAUCACCGUGGAACUGGGUGUCCACGACCUUUUUGAUGAAAAUGUCGCUAGUAGGCUGCACCCGAUCAAAGUCCACCGAUUCGACAAUGACCUGGGAUAUGACCUUGCACUAUUGGAGUUCGACCACAGGGCGACGCAGGACAUGUUGGGACCACGGAUCAAUCCAAUCUGCUUGACAGCGAAUCCAGGCGGGGGGUCUGAAUGGUUGGGCAAGAAGAAUGUUUGGAUUGCGGGUCGAGGCGCUCAGCCGCCACGGCUGAACGGGAAGAUAAGGAUGCCUCUGACGAUCCCUGUGUACACGAAGUUGCCCAUCGUGAGCAAAGUGGACUGCACCGAGGCCUUUAAAGGGCGACAACUGAGUGGCACGGACUUCUGCGCAGGGCAUAAAUAUAUUCAGGAAUACGCCUGCAGAGGGGGACAUAGGCGGACCCCUCAUGUACAAAGAUGGCGACCGAUACAGACUAUUGGGAGUUGCCAAGGAGACUGAGCAUUGCGUCGAAGAAAAAAUGUACGGUCUUUUCACAGAGGUGUUGUCUUUGGAGGUGAAUACUUGGAUAAAUA